AUGAAAAAUCAUGAAGCUCGUCCUAUUGGUUCUGCUCCAUUCCCUGAAGCGAAUAUUGUAGCAGCACAUAAUCAGUUUGAACCAAGACAAAAUAAUUAUCGUGAUCGUGACCGUGGUCGUGGCCGUGAUCAGGAUCGUGGACGUGGACGAGGAUGUGAUAGAGGACGAAAUAAUUAUCGUCAUUAUGGUGAAAAUAAACAUGAGAAUAAUAAAGUUUCUCAAAAUAAUCCUUCUCGAGGUAGAAUCAAUAUUUGUCACCGAUGUGGUAUGAAAGGUCAUUGGGCACGUGAGUGUCGUACACCUGAUCAUUUUGUGAAACUUUAUCAAGCCUCUCUCAAAAGAAAAGAUAAUAAUAUUGAGGCACACUUGACCUUUCGAAAUGAUGAUAAUGAAGCAACUCCCUCAAAUAAAUAUGAUGAUAUUGAGGCAAAUCUUGCUUGUAAAGAUGAUGAUUUUGAAGGCCUCCCAAAUAUUACUCAUUUGGAAGCUGAAGACUUUUAUGAGAAUAUUGAUUGA